AUGGAAGCAUUCAUCACCAAGGAAGCUGAAGAAAAGGCAAAGGAGAUCAAGCUGAAGGCCGACGAGGAGUACGAGAUUGAAAAGGCGUCAAUUGUGCGGUCGGAGAUUAACGCCAUUGAUUCCCAAUACGAAUCUAAAUUCAAGAAAGCAUCCUUGGCACAGCAAAUCACCAAAUCCACCAUUGCCAACAAGACGAGACUAAAGAUUCUCGCCACCAAGGAAGAGGCCCUGGAUACUAUUUUCAAGGGGGCCGAGGUUGCGCUCGUUGAGCUGUCACACGAUUCCAGUAAAUACGGAAACAUCUUGAAAUUACUCAUUGAGGAAGGAUUAUAUGCACUUAUGGAACCAAAAGUCACCGUGAGGGUGAGAAAGUCGGACGUCGAGCUGGCCACGAAGGUCGGCGAAGAGGCAGCAAAGGAAUUCAAAGAAAAAUCCAACAUCGAUGUCUCCAUUUCCAUCGACGAAUCGUCGUACUUGAACGACGACUCUGCUGGUGGCUGCAUCAUCAUAAACGGAACGGGAAAGAUCGAGGUCAACAACACACUCGAGGAAAGGCUUGCCUUGCUAUCAAAGACCGCUCUUCCGGCUCUCAGGCUCGAGCUGUUCGGUAAAACCCCCCGAGACUUAGCGAAAGUGCUCAGGACCAUACAGCCAGACUCUUCGGAUGUGAGUUGCACCAUUUUCGAUGCGAGCGGAAACGUCGUGGCUGUUUCGAAGAGCUUUCCAAAGGCAAAAUUUCUACACGAAAACGGACUGUUCCCGAGAGAUUUGCGCAAGAUCGACUCUUCAAACGUCGAUGUGGCGCCGAUCAUUGCGGUUCGGUCUAAUUGCAUUUUAAUCAACUUGUUGCAUAUCAAGGCAUUGGUUAAGGCCGAUUCUGUGCUGGUGUUCGAUACAGCCAACUCGGAAGCCGCCUCGAAGCUAAGUUUAUUUAUGUACGACCUAGAGGCCAAACUGAAGGUCAAGACGGUCCACGGAACAACAAACGUCAAUCAGUCUUACGAGUUUAGAGCGCUAGAGAGCAUUCUUAUUAACGUCAUGGCAGUGCUCGAAACAGAACUACAACAGCAUCUGAAAGUCUGUACCAAAAUCCUUAACCACCUCGACACAGAGAUCGACAGAGAAAAAUUGAGAGACUUGCUGGUCAACUCCAAGAAACUCACAACCUUCUAUCAGAAAUCCUUGCUGAUCAAAAACGUUCUUGACGAGUUGCUGGACAACGAUGAUGACUUGGAAAGCAUGUAUCUGAGCGAGCGCAGUGUCUACGGCGGGCCUUUCCGCCAAGAAGAGCUGAGAAUCGACGGAAACGGCAGCAAGGACCACGAGUCUGUGAAUAUGUCUAUGGACGAGCUCGACACAGGCGAAAUCGAAAUGCUUCUGGAGUCUUACUACAAGCAAUGUGACGAGAUAGUUCAACAAGCAGAGACGCUGAUCAACGACAUCAAAUCGACCGAGGAGAUCGUUAAUAUCAUCCUAGACGCCAACCGCAAUUCCCUGAUGGUCUUUGAGCUCAAAAUAUCGAUCUACACAAUGGGAGCAACAGUCGCGACGCUGGCUCCAGCUCUCUAUGGAAUGAACCUCAAAAACUAUCUGGAGGAGUCUGAGUUUGCUUUUGGAGCAGUGGUGUUCUUUAGCGUGGUUGCAGGAGCUGCCAUGGUGGUCAACUCAUUCCGUCAUCUAAAAAAUGUGCAGAAAAUGAACAUCACGACCACAGAGCAGACCAAAAAAUUGGACGACAAGAUCAGGGGCCAGCUUUUUGCGAGAUUUAGAAAGCAAAAGGCUAGAAGCACCCCUGAGCAAAAGGACCUCAUAUGGAAAUGGCUAACGAAUGGGAGCCCGAAACCCAAAUAA